AUGAAGACUCAUCGUGUUCCAACAAAAAAAAAAGAAGAAGAAAAUGUGCGGGAUAAAGACGUCGAACCUGGCAGCAAGCGAUAUCAACGCACACGAUCACUGGAAGAAGCUGUCGAUAUUCCAAGGGCAAAACGACUAAGUCGGGAUCAAGGUUUGGUCGAGACAUCUGCGGUGGCUCAAGAACUUCAUGACUUUGAGGCUGUCUACGUCAUGGAUUCAGUGGGAGAAAUGCCAACGACGUUCAAAACGGCCAUGGAAUCCAUAGACGCAGUAAAGUGGAAAGAAGCGUGCGACUGA